CAUGGGUUGCCGCAUCUGCAGCGGGAGCUAAAAUAAUUGUCCUGCGAGUUCCUUCAGAAGUUCACAACCUUCGCCGCCGCGUACUCGUACAGGCCGGACUCUCUCCCUUCCCUCUGACCGCUGGCCAUGCCUGGCGUCACGAAGGCUGAGACUUCCACACCUCGCUCCGCAAAGCCGGACGCCAUGUCCACCACCGGCAGACAGCGAGCAGCCCCGCGCGGUGGCUCAAAGGCGAAUGCGAACGCGCCGCCGCCCACGACGACCCCCUCUCACCUAGACACCGAACAAAUGAAGCCGCGAAAGGGCGGCCAGAAAGACGAGUUCUCCGCCCUGCUGGAACCCUUCUACUACGGCAAAUCCCUCACCGACCCCAUCAACACCGCCGAAGACAAAUGGAACCUGCUCCCCGCGUUCCUCAAAGUGAAGGGCCUCGUGAAACAGCACAUCGACUCCUACAACCACUUUGUCGACGUGGAACUGAAGAAGAUCCUCAAGGCGAACAAAGUGGUGCGCAGUGACGUGGAUCCGAAUUUCAAGCUCGAGUAUACAGAUAUCCGCGUCGGGUUCCCGAAUCGUCAGGAUGAGGACGAUAUUGAGAAUCAUAAGAGUAAUGUCACGCCGAACGAGUGUCGGUUGAGGGAUAUGACGUACGCGGCCCCCGUCACGGUGGAUAUUAUCUAUACGAGGGGGAAUGUGAGGGUGAAGAGGACGGGGAUCAAGAUUGCGAGGAUGCCGAUUAUGCUGAAGAGUAACAAGUGCAGGUUGGUUGGGAGGAAUGAUCGAGAGAUGGCGCUCGUGGAGGAGUGUCCGCUCGAUCCCGGAGGGUACUUCAUCGUCAGGGGCCAGGAGAAGGUCAUCCUGGUCCAGGAGCAGUUGAACAAGAACCGUGUGAUUGUGGAGAGCGCCAAGGGCAUCAUGCAGGCUUCCGUUACGAGUUCGACGCACGAGAGGAGGACGAAGACAUAUGUCAUUCAGAAGAAGGGACUCAUGUUCCUCAGACACAACACGCUCUCCGAGGAGAUUCCCAUUGUUCUCGUCUUGAAGGCUCUAGGUGUCCGGUCUGAUAAGGAGAUCCUUCUCAUGGUUGCUGGCGACGACGGCGCAUACCAAGACAGCUUUGCCAUCAACUUCGAGGCAUGUGCAAGGGAGAAGGUACACACUCAGCAGCAGGCGCUGGAAUACAUAGGAUUCCGCGUGCGGCUGUCCAAGAAACCGAAUACGGCAAGGUCGCGCAACUACCUCAUGGAAGCUAUCGAAUGUCUCUCUUCCGUUGUGCUUCCGCACGUUCCCGUCGAAGGCCUGGACUUCCGCACCAAGGCUCUCUACGUGGCGUCCAUGGCUCGGAAAGUGCUCAUGGCGAUUCACGACCCUACGCUCGUCGAUGACCGAGAUUAUGUCGGUAACAAGCGCCUCGAGUUGGCGGGUCAGAUGCUGUCUCUUCUGUUCGAGGAUCACUUCAAGAGGUUCAAUCACGAGUUCAAGCUCAGCAUCGACAAGGUGCUGAAGAAGCAGAAUCGGGCGUCGGAGUUUGAUGCCUAUUCACACUUCACAGUACACAAGAAUCAGAUUACCUUGGGAAUCGAACGCGCGCUGGCAACCGGGAACUGGUCCCUCAAGCGUUUCAAGAUGGACCGCGCUGGAGUCACGCACGUUCUUAGCAGACUGAGUUACAUCGCUGCGCUUGGUAUGAUGACGCGAAUCAGCAGUCAGUUCGAAAAAACGAGAAAAGUCUCUGGUCCUCGUGCGCUGCAACCGUCUCAGUUUGGUAUGUUGUGCACGUCGGAUACUCCUGAAGGAGAGGCAUGCGGUCUGGUAAAGAACUUAGCUCUCAUGACACAUAUCACGACGCAAGAGGAGGAAGAACCGAUCAGGAAUAUCAUCUAUGGCCUCGGUGCACAGGAUAUCAAUGAGUACACGGGAGAUGAGAUACACCGAGAGGGUGUCUACGCCGUCUGCCUUAACGGAACGCAAGUGGGGUUGACCUAUUAUCCAAAACAAUUUCUUGUAGGAUUCAGGAAGCUCAGAAGGAGAGGGCGCAUCUCGGCGUUCACCAGCAUUCACAUCAAUCACGACUUCAAGGAGGUCCAUAUUGCCACCGAUGAGGGUCGUAUUUGUCGACCCCUCAUCAUCGUGGAGAAUGGUCGCUCCAUGGUCACGGCUCGGUAUCUCAAAGCACUGCGCUCAGGCAACAUGGACUUCGAUGGUUUCCUGUCUCGCGGUCUGGUCGAAUAUCUCGAUGUCAAUGAGGAGAAUGACUCCAACAUUGCCACCUACGAGCAUGAAAUCAACCAGUACACGACCCAUCUGGAGAUUGAACCCUUUACCAUCCUGGGCGCCGUCGCAGGCCUCAUUCCUUAUCCUCAUCACAACCAGUCUCCGCGAAACACCUAUCAGUGUGCUAUGGGUAAACAGGCCAUUGGUGCUAUUGCAUACAACCAGUUUACCCGCAUCGAUACUCUGCUGUAUCUCAUGGUGUAUCCACAAAAGCCCAUGGUGAAAUCGCGGACGAUCGAACUCAUCAAAUACGACAAGCUGCCUGCAGGACAAAACGCCACAGUGGCAGUCAUGUCCUUCUCCGGCUACGAUAUCGAAGACGCCCUGAUCCUCAACAAAGCCUCCUGCGACCGCGGCUUCGGCCGCUGCCAGGUCUUCAAGAAGACGUCUCUCCCGCUGAAAACGUACGCCAACGGCGCCUCGGACGUCGUCAACGCCAGCGCCGUUGACCCCCAGAACCCGAAGCACCACGCGCUGGGCUCCGAUGGCCUGGCUCAAGUUGGUGCUCGCCUCGACCAAGGAGACGUCUACGUCGCCAAAGCGAUCCCCACGGAAACUGCCCCCGGCACUUCUGCCCGCUAUAUCGACAAGCCGCAAUCGUACAAGCUACCGGACCACUCCUACAUGGACAAGGUCGCUCUGGUAGAGAACGAAACCACCGGCGCCACCACGAUCAAGUUCCUGCUGCGGCAAACGCGCCGCCCCGAGCUCGGCGACAAGUUCUCCUCCCGGCACGGCCAGAAAGGUGUGGUGGGGCUGAUCGUGCCGCAAGAAGACAUGCCCUUCAACGACCAAGGCAUCGUGCCGGACAUCAUCAUGAACCCCCACGGCUUCCCGUCGCGCAUGACGGUGGGCAAGAUGAUGGAGCUGCUCAGCGGCAAGGCGGGCGUGCUCGACGGGUCGCUGCAGUACGGCACCGCGUUUGGCGGCUCCAAGGUCGAGGACAUGGCCGACCUGCUGCUCCAGCACGGCUUCAGCUACUCGGGCAAGGACUACAUGACGAGCGGCAUCACGGGCGAGGCGCUGCAGUUCUACGUCUUCUUCGGCCCCAUCUACUACCAGAAGCUCAAGCACAUGGUGCAGGAUAAGAUGCACUCGCGGUCGCGCGGGCCCCGGGCGAUACUCACGCGGCAGCCGACGGAGGGGCGGGCGCGCGAGGGCGGUCUGCGGUUGGGUGAGAUGGAGCGCGAUUGCUUGAUUGCGUAUGGUGCGUCGCAGCUCUUGCUGGAGCGGUUGAUGAUUUCUUCGGAUGCGCACCGCGUCGAUGUUUGUGGUGGGUGUGGGCAGAUGGGGAGUCAGGGGUGGUGCAGGAUUUGCCAGAGCGAGAAGGAGGUUAGGCAGUUGACGAUGCCGUAUGCGGCCAAGUUGCUGAUUCAGGAGCUGGGGAGUAUGAAUGUCAAGGUGGUGAUUGGGUUGGAGGAUGAGUUUGGGAGUCGGAGGGGGGAGGGGAGGUAGAAGGGAUUGCGGCGAGCGUGGCAUCCUAGAGGGAAAGAAGAUUCUGAUGUGAAGGUCUGGGCUGGAUGGGUAUCGUUGAUGGGGGCUCGGACAAGGAAAAGGGGUUUAGGGGGUACUUUUCGUGUCUGCAUAGCGUGGCGAAUCGGCUAGACCGGAUUUCUUUUCUGUGUGAGUGGUAGGUAGGGGUGCAUGCAUUUCUUGGGUGCGGGCGGUUCAUUGUGCAUGCAUAUCUGGUGAUAUCAGAGCACCCAAUUCAUCCUUCACACAUUCAAACUCGAG